AUGGUUUCUGAUAAUCUGCUGUCCUCAUUGUCGGCAUACGCCACGAUUGUGGCCGUUUUGGUUGGGCUAGCGACCCUCGCGAAAAGCGCGAACGGCCUUACGACCGUCAGAAGGGAUCUGUGGACGGAGGCUUUUGAAAGAUGGACCCUGUACCUCCAUGUGGACGGCGAACGGCUACCAGAUGUCGCAUAUGAAAGGCCCGCGAUUCCUAUGCAGUCGAGAAACCCGAGUGUCUGCCCCUACCCAAGGAGUCCCUUCACGUCGAUCUCCGAGUCAUCAGUCAUCCUGGCGUUCGUCUUCAUGGCCGUCCUCCAAGAGAGGCCGCAGCAAACAGACUAUCGAGCUGGGACACGAACAUUCACUAUAAGCGGCGUUGUUCUCGAGGUGCGAAUCAUCAAGCCUGAUAUCGUGACCUUGCAUCUUGAAGGAACCAUCCAGAGAAGGUUCACCAAGGAUUACGUUCAACGUUUUUUGGGAGGAUACCUAUCACUGCCCGUAGACCCACAGAACGUGAGCGUCUUCAAGGCUGGUGAUGAGGUUCGUGGCGGUAGUCGUCGCGCUGAGCCUUGCAUCGAACUACGACCCGGAGGACGUAUUUUUGCCGGUGUACUCUGGCUGCGUGAGGUAUCACAGCGACGCAGGCGUGUCUCUUGGCGCACGAUGGACCGCGUACGACUUAUACUCGAGAGUGUUUGGGCCAAGACAUUCAAGGAUGACGCGGAUCGGAACCGGAUCAUUGCACAUUUCAACGAACCACCGCGCAUUGAAGAUGAUGAGGAACAGCAACGGCGGUUCCGCGCUGAGCGGCAGCCAUUGCUGCGCUGUGUGUUGAUCGCUCCAGUCAAGGGAUCGAUCAAGUGUAUUGCGUACUUUAAGAAUCCAGGCCGUGCGCUGGAGCACAUUCUCCCAACAGAGGUCCUGAAGUCAGCGAGGCUUUACCAAGGUUGUUAG